AUGUUCCUAACCUGGAAGGGGACUCCAGCUAUUUCCAUGCCAGGGAACUUUGAAAACAUGGCCAUAAGGGAUAUGAAGUCUAGGGAACUUGAGACUAUGAAUGAGAUGAAGUACACCUACUUAUUUUCUGUUCUGAUCUAACCGAUUCGGGACUUCACUUUGAUAGCCUGAAGAGAUCUUUGUUGUACAUUAUCUCUAUUGCUUUCCAUACCUCCCGAAUAAAUGCUUAUUCCAGAACUUUCUACUCAAAACAUCGAUUCAUAACAUAAAUCUCGAUGACACAUAAAGUAGCAUCAUAAUACUAUUACAACUUAAUUUAAAAUAUAUAUUCAGCUCCUAAAAACUCC